UGUCAUGACAGUAGUCAAAAAUGUUCUAGACCAAAACAACAUCCAAAGCAAAUAACAUUGUGUUCGAAUUCCAUAGCUUUAAAUUUGUAUUAGAUGAACGUGAACAUUCUAAAAUGAAACCAGUUUCAUUCAUCGUAAAGCUGCCUGAUUCAUAUUAUACAUUUUCUAUCGUAAAACAAAACAAAUGUACCAUCAUUGAGGCAGUUGAUGAAAUCGAUGGUGCUGGCGUAACCAAAGCUAUAACUCCAAAUCAGCUAGUGUAUGCUGUAAAAGAAUUCAAUUUGCUCAAUCGAUUUCGUCGACGAGUAUUUUACCUGUUAAAAGAAUUAAAUUCAACAGUGUUGUUUUGCAUCGUUGAGCCGAUCAAUGGCGGACUAAUCGAUUAUGCUUGGUGCCAACGAGCGACAUUAUUAACAUGGGAAUACGUUGAGACAGAGAAUUUAAUGUCAUGGCUGUCAACGCUUGGCGGUGCCUUCUCUGCAUUAGGUGAUUCAGUUGAAAAAUGUGCUGAUGUAGCAGGAAAAAUAUCAAGGUAUCAAUUGAAAUUGGCGUCCAGAAGUGGAGACCCAUCGAUAAUUGUACGAUGCAAACUGUAUUACAGCAUAUCACUGAUUCAAAAGGGUAAAUUGAAUGCGGCAAGAAAACUGAUAUUAAGUCAAUACGAAUAUGCAAAAGAAGAACGAUUGGCGGGCGAUAAUCGAAUAUAUAAAAUGUGUCAUGGUAUUUGGCUCAAAUUACAAUAUGCUCAAUCAUUGAAACUUCAAAAUCGACGUAAAAUCCAUAGUAAAUCGUAGUUUGAAAAUGACCUUACCUUCAAAUGAGUCAGAUGAAGAGGGCGAAAAUAAUGUUGAAACUAGAAAAUGUUAAAGAUGAUGGUGAAAUAAAACAUGCUUCUUUUAUUUUCAA